AUGAAGUCGUUUAUCAUCCAAUGGCUGUCAAUUUUCUUUGCUUUGUCGACAUCACUGAAAGUACACCUACCAGAAUGGCCUAUAACGUACAAGGCGUGUGUUUACGUGCAGACCGAACAGGAGUACAUUCCUAUGGGUUGGUAUGUGGACGGACGAACACAGAGAAUGAGGCUUGAUAGCUACGGUAUACCGGAAGACAGUUCCGGUAACUACACAUAUGCUGAGGACGACUUCGAAUACGCAUGCUCACAUCUUGGGAGACCUUUAUACACUUAUCUUUAUCACUAUGACAACGGUAAAGAAUAUGACAUAUUUCCGGCCCCUAAAAAACCUUAUCAGCAAUGUACCACUUAUAAUAUAUCCGCGCAGUACCCGUUUAGCCCAUUACUGCCCGGGCUAGAAUUCAUUGAACAAGCUACGGACAACUUUACCACGUAUAACCACUGGAGGACCGACUACUUCCUCUUCACCAACGACUAUUUCUUCCAUGUCGCUAACGGGCUACCAUACAAGGUUUACGUUGACGGUAUGGAGAAGACGUUUGUCUACAUAGAGAACGUGACGUUAGACGAGAAGGUUUUUCUUGUACCAGACGACGUCGUCUGUAAAACCGGAUGA